AGAUCGAAAGACUGAAAAUGUUAUCCAGUUGCGGAUAGCAUUGGCUGCUACGAGAGAGAGAGAGAGAGAGAGAGAGAGAGGAAAUGGUGGUGUAGAGAGAAGAGUAGAGCAGAGAAGAAUCGGGAGAGGAUGGAAUUAGCUAGCAGCUGGUCUUAUUUGUGCUCUUCUUCUCAUAAAAAAAGCAAGGGAUUGCAGCUGCAGAAGAAGAACCAAAACACAGCAUGCUCUCUCCGAAUCGGAACCAUAAAAGCAGAGCUUGGAACGGCUGCUCCAAUCUCCGAUCCUAAUCCUUUUUCUCCUUCAAUUCCCCAAACUCCCAUUCACAGCGUCACCGUUCACGACCGACAGCGAGGUGUCUCUCAUAGCUUCCUCGUUCCUGAGGAUCAAUACAUCUUACACACUGCAGAAGCUCAGAACAUAUCCCUGCCAUUUGCUUGUAGGCAUGGUUGCUGUACUAGCUGUGCUGUUCGAGUGAAAUCUGGAGAAAUAAGACAGCCUGAGGCCCUUGGAAUAUCAGCUGAACUUAAAUCUAAGGGCUACGCUCUUCUGUGUGUGGGCUUCCCAUCUUCUGAUAUUGAAGUUGAAACUCAAGAUGAGGAUGAGGUAUAUUGGCUUCAAUUUGGAAGAUAUUUCGCCCGAGGACCUGUUGAAAGGGAUGACUAUGCGCUGGAACUGGCUAUGGGUGAUGAAUAAUGCAUGAAGUGAGGGUUCUUCUUCAACCGCAGGGCAAGCUGCUUUGCUUGAGCCGGUUUUGUACAUGUAUUUCUACCAUCUAUUUGAUGUAAUAUUGGCAUUCUGCAUAGAUAUAGUCCAUGGUGUUGGCUUCCUGAAGAUUCAGUUCUGCUGUAUUCAAAUAUUUCCAAAAAUAAAAAUAAAAAAUCCUGAGAAAUAGAAUAGAUUUCUGCUUUCAAUAAAAGAGUGGUGUUUCGCCAAUUCAUUUCCUGGCCUCAUAACUUUCCGGAGCUUCUGAGACAGCCUCACUAUCUCUGUUCUGACGCACUAUUUCUUCUUAAUCCAUAGACACUUCUUGAAGCUGA